UCUCGUCGUCAUCUUCAUCAUCAUCACCACCGCCAAUCAUAUUUUCCGCAAACGAACUCAUAUAAUUAGUCUCUCUCUUUCUUUCGCUUUCUCUCUCUAAAACUAGUACAAGAAUUAUUCGGGGGAAUAAUAUGGUGCGGAAGUGUAGCAGGGGAAUUGCAGAGAUUACUAUUAUGGAGGUUGCUCAUCAAGUCGGGGUACGGACCAGAGCUCGAGCUUCCAUGGCUUUGGCGGCGGCCAGUUCCGGCACGGCGAAGAAAAGAAAGGUCAAUACUACGGGAGAAUUGAUGAAGCUAUCAACGACGUCGUUUGUGAUCACAUCGACGACGGAGAAUUUAGUUGUUCCGGUUAAGGCAGAGAGUAAUAUUGGAAGAGCAACCACUGCGACGACGGAAAAGGAGGAGGUAGUGGAGGAGCUGUGGUGCUCAAGCCCGAGCUCGGAUGACGUUCAUGAUCAGGUUCAAGCCUCUUGUUGUUCGAGUAACAGCUCUAGUGAGCUAGCUGAUGAUGAUGAUCAUGACAGAACCAAAUUCAUAGAUCUGGAGGCGAAUGAUGAGAGUGCCGAAGUUGAAACAUCGACGUAUUACUCUUGCAGAGAAAGGAGAGAGAUGACUCUAUCCAGUAAGCUUCGAGAAGAAUUAUCCGACGACGUAGAUUCAACAAUGAAACCAACUGUGGUGGAUUCCAGCCGUAGAUCAGUGGUGGGGGAUCAGAAAAUGCCGACGGAGUUAGAGCUCGAAGAAUUCUUUACAGUCGCCGAGAAAGACAUUCAAAAACGAUUUCAAGACAAGUAUAAUUACGAUAUUGUCAAGGACUCUCCCUUGGAAGGACGUUACGAGUGGGUUAGAUUAAAUCCAUGAUUUUUUUUUCAAAAAAAAAACAAAGGAGUAAAUAUCAGCAAACAGUAAGAAGAAAAAACCAGUAGUAGUACUAGUACUGGUUGAUGAGAUCAGUGAUCAGGUUCUGAUAUUCUUAUUAGGGUUGUUACUUUAGAUAUAGUGCUAAUUUUAAGCUUAAUUAAUUAAGCACUUUUCUUUCUCUCUCUCUUUUAGGCCUUCCUCUCUUUCAGGAAUAUUUCUUUUAUGUAUAGCUUUUUCAUUUCUUUCUUUCUUCGCUAGUAAUAGCUAGUUUUUUCUCUUUAAAAAAAAAAGUAGUAAUAGUAGUAGUAUGUAGAAUGAUCUAAGUUUGUGUUUCUCUGUACGGAUUGUACGGGGGAAAUUUUUAAUUUUUAUUUGGAAGUAAAAUUAAUCCAUUAUGUGAAGAAAAAUAUUGGUUGAAAUUGAAUAA